GAAUUCUGAAAUCAGUCAGCUAUAAAAUAGCUAAGUGGGCAACAGUGGUUGUCAAGCUUGUGUCACUUGGCAAUUUCCAACAAAUACAGUCAGUUAAGGUAUUGAAGAGAAAAAUAAGAUGCUGUCGCAAUCUAUUUUAACUGGUAUCCGCGUUCUGCGCACCGAGUCGCGUCGAAACAUCGCCAUAGUCGCACCAGCCCUUAACAAGGUGUCUGAUCCCAUCCAGCAGCUGUUCCUGGACAAAGUUAAGGAAUACAAGCAGAAGAGCGCAGGCGGCAAACUGGUCGAUUCCAAUCCAGAAAUCGAGCGCGAGAUCAAAAACGAGUUGGAACGCGUUGCGAAGCAAUAUGGAAGCGAUGGAAAGACCGACAUGCUUAAAUUUCCCGACUUCAAGUUUCCCGAUGUGAAGAUCGAUCCUAUUACACAAAGCGCCAACUAAACAUAUACAAUUCCUAUGUUUACGUUAAAUUGUUUUAAGUAAUAUCCAACCUGAAUUCGCUUGUAUGAAUCCCAGUCAAGCAAGCGCGUAAAACAACCGUAAAAAUAAAACAUAAGAAAACGAAAUUGGUGAACCACAAGCAA